UUUUUGUAUUUCUGCCAUUUGCGUACGGGAAUGAGAUAAAUGGUAAAAGGAAAAUGGUACGGAGAAGAUAGAAGAAGAUGGACCUACUACUACUACUACUAACUACUAUGCUUUGAAAAUUUGGCGGGCACAAACGGUCACUUUCAAUAAUUCUAGUUGUCUAGUGUGGGUUCCCUUGUUUCCUCUCACCACCUGAACCCAUCUUAUCUCACUCUUUGCAACUUGCUUCAAUCAAAGCCAAGCCCCCCGCCCCAUGAGAGAGAAACUGAUCUUUUCAAAGUUUUAAUUUUUCUUUUUACUCAGAUAGUUUAUUUUUUUUUUGCUAACUAAGAAACUCGGAUAGUUGUCAAGAAGAAUUAGGUUUCUGGAGCUGAAGGAGAUUACAGAUCUUCUAUUCAUAUGAAGAGAUUUUUCCUUCUCUCGUAUGUGCUACUGGUACAUGCAUUCUAUGGUGCUUGGUUUAGCGUUGAAGGAAUCCUGCACUGUGAAUACUCCAAUUCAAUGAUUCUUCACCGGCCUCACAGCGUCUCCAUCACAGAGUUUGGAGCCGUUGGUGAUGGCGUCACACUAAACACUAAAGCCUUUCAGAAUGCUCUGUUCUACCUCAACUCUUUCUCUGACAAAGGAGGUGCAAAGCUUUUUGUUCCCGCUGGUCAGUGGCUUACCGGUAGUUUCGACCUUAUCAGCCACCUAACGUUAUGGCUAGACAAGGGUGCAACCAUUCUCGGUUCAACGAGCUCGGAGAAUUGGCCUGUGGUUGAUCCAUUACCAUCGUAUGGACGAGGACGAGAGUUGCCUGGUAGAAGGCAUAGGAGUCUUAUAUAUGGUCAGAACCUCACAGAUGUAGUCAUCACAGGCGAGAACGGGACAAUUGAUGGUCAAGGAAGUAUAUGGUGGGAUUGGUUCAGAAAUGGAGAGCUAAACUAUACAAGACCUCAUCUCGUUGAGCUCAUGAACUCUACUGGUCUUAUCAUCUCCAACCUCACUUUCUUGAAUUCACCUUUUUGGAACAUUCAUCCUGUUUAUUGCAGAGAUGUUGUUGUAAAGAAUCUCAUAAUCUUGGCUCCUCUUGACUCUCCAAAUACAGACGGAGUUGAUCCAGACUCAUCAACUAAUGUUUGCAUAGAGGAUUGUUACAUAGUUACUGGAGAUGAUUUAGUAUCGAUAAAAAGUGGAUGGGACGAGUAUGGUAUAUCCUACGCAAGACCGAGCUCCAAGAUCAAGAUCAAUAGGUUAACGGGUCAAACCACUUCAAGCUCAGGAAUAGCCAUAGGAAGUGAAAUGUCAGGAGGUGUAUCUGACAUCUACAUCAAAGACUUGCAUCUAUUGAACUCCAGUACUGGUAUCAGAAUCAAGACUUCUCCUGGACGAGGCGGGUACGUAAGAAAGGUUCACGUCUCAAACGUGAAGCUUGUUAACGUGAAGAAAGCUAUUAGGUUCACUGGUAAGUACGGUGAACAUCCUGAUGAAGACUUCGAUCCUAAAGCACUUCCUUCUAUAGAGAAGAUCACGUUUGAGAAUGUUUAUGGUGAAGAUAUCGGUGUUGCGGGUCUUCUUGAAGGUAUAGAAGGAGAUGAGUUUAAGAAUAUAUGUUUCAUUAAUGUUACUCUUAGGGUGAAGAAGAACUCGAAGAAAGCUCCGUGGAAAUGCUCGAAUGUUAGAGGCUACUCGCAGUGGGUUUGGCCGGAGAUUAGUUGUAAUUCUUUUGAAGAGAGUAUCUUCCCGGAGCAUAGCUCUGAUUGUUUUGGGUUAUCAGAGAAUAAUCUUGAGACAUCAAGUGGUUUAAGUAGAUCACAAUGGUUUCUUUCUUGGCAAGUUACUGAAGUUUGACCUUUAAAGGGGAAAACACUGGUUGCUUGGGUGUGAAGAACUUCAUCAAUUUUCCUUAGAAUUUAUUAUGAGGUUUCGUUUUUUCUUUAAAGUGAUGCUUUUGGUCGUUCUCUCUUCUUUGUUUUUUCUUUUGCUUUCUUGUGAAUUUGUGUGCACUGAGGAACACAUUCAGAGUGGUCAGAGUGGCUUUAAGAGGUUUUUCUUUUAAUUUUUUUUUUCUCGAUGGGUUUUCAAUUUUUAAACGCUUUGGUGAGCAGAACAAGUGUAAUAUAUCUCCGACAAGAGUCAUUUGUAGUUGAAGUUUUGUUUUCUUAUAUCUCAAUUCUAUUUUUUUUU